CAUUUGGGGAGAUUCUGUAAUUUAAAGAAAAUAUAAAUUAGGGCAACAAGACCACUUUAAAUGCACAAAAGCCCUAGAAACAUUUGGUUCUGUCUCCUCAGCUAAAAGACGCCGCUCGUCAUCUUCAGACAAGUUCCACCUUCUAGGCUUUGUUAAAGAGAGAGAGAAGAGGAUUGAAAGAUGAGUCGUGGAAGUGCAGCAGUUGCCAAGGGAAAGAAGAAGGGAGUGUCCUUCUCCAUCGACUGCUCCAAGCCUGUCGAUGACAAGAUCAUGGAGAUUGCUUCCCUCGAGAAGUUCCUUCAGGAGAGGAUCAAAGUCGGUGGCAAAGCCGGUGCACUUGGUGACUCUGUCACCAUCACGCGCGAGAAGAACAAGAUCACCGUCACUUCUGAUGGUCAGUUCUCCAAGAGGUAUCUCAAGUACUUGACGAAGAAGUAUUUGAAGAAGCACAACGUGAGGGAUUGGCUCAGAGUGAUUGCAGCCAACAAGGACCGUAACCUCUACGAGUUGAGGUACUUCAACAUCGCUGAGAACGAGGGUGAGGAAGAAGACUAGAAGAUCUUUAUACUUUUCUUGUAUUGUUUUCUGCUCGUUCGUUGUUGCUCAAUACAUUUUAUAUUUCUUUUUUCACAGAUCUUAUCUAGUUUUGGUUAAACUCUUGUUUUCAGACAAUUAUUUGAGAAAAAAUAUCGUAUGAUUCCUGAAUC